AUAGCUGAGCGAUCGAGAAUGGUGGCGAUGACAGUUGCGAUCGUGAAAAUCUAGAAAAAGAUGUCUUUCUGUGAAACUUGUCGGGAGACUGUUCAAUUUUACGAAAGUGAUGGGUUGUUUUACUGUAGUCAGUGUGAUGGCCAGUCUGAGACCAUGCAGGUGAUGGAGUACUCUCAUUUUGAGAGUCAACCAAGCCAGAGUAGUUACACUAUGAGAGCAAGAACCAUCAAAAGAUCAACAGCUUCUAAAACCAAGGUUCCCAAGCCAGACGAAACACCAGAUGAACCUGGAGAAGAAGAUGACACCUGGUCGUUUGCCGAGGUCUUCCAGCUAAUCCUCAAGAAACAGGUCGACGCCCUCAUCAAACUGGGUAUCACAAAUAAACUCAAGGAAGUGGUGGAGGUGAUGUGGUUUCGAUAUCUUCGAAAUUCAAAAUGGGCUUUUGUCCCGAAACAAUCGAACCGACUGCAACUGAAAGGCAAGAAUGGAAAAUCCGGGAAAAAGAAAAAUUCAACCUUGAACAAGGAUGAACAGGAAGAAGUGGACAUGGUAUGUACUAUGUUUAUCAGGUCGAUUCCUUGACCGGCUUUCAUAUGAUUUUUCCUCCAAGUGCGAAAUAUGUCCGCUCAAUAUUGCACAUUUGGCAUUUGAUUGUUGUCAGAUGUCAUUUCUGAGCUCGGUAAAAUAUGGACGCAUCGUGGUCUUGUGGUUUUGAUUCUCGCCCUUUAAGCAGAGGGUUGUGAGUUCGAAUCCUAGCCAUGGCGUGUUUUCCUUCAGCAAGAAAUGUAUCCACACUGUGCUGCACUCGACCCAGGUGAGAUGAAUGGGUACCCGGCAGGAUUAAUUCCUUGAAUGCACUGAGCGCCGGUGAUGGUAGCUCGAGCUAAAGCUUUGGUAAUAAUAGCAGCGCUUUGUAUCCUCAGGCAAAAAGCGCUAUAUAAAAAAAGCUAUUAUUGUUAUUAUUAUAUAAUUCUCUGUGAAUAGUAUACAAAUAAUGCAUGCAGCCGAGUGCGUUAGUGGAAAUGCAGAGCACGCGAGGUUUCUUUAGAUAGGAGUCGCACUUUGCACGAGCCGCUUGCGGCGAGUGCCCAGUGUGCUCCAUCUGAAGAAACUAAUACAGCUAUUUUAUAAUAUUCAAAUAAUGCUCAAAUAUCUUAUACUUCAGCUGUGGCCAAUAUACGAGGGGAAGAGUUGGGGGGUCAAUGUUUGACAUUUGACAUCAGUUGAUAAUAUUUUCCAGAUUACAUUUGUGAGUUGGAUUGCAGUAAGGGGAUAAAUGUCUUAGCUGCAUGAACUUAUCUCACAGAUUUCACUGGUAUUUUUUUAACAAGGUUCAUAAUCUGAAACAAAAAAAGAAAGAAUUGUUUUUAUGUCAUGAGGGGUAAUAUAUUUACCAAUUAUCUAUUUUCUGAACAAUAUUUCAAUAUCUUGAUCAUAUAAUACAACCAUUGCAAGUUACUUCUGUGACUCGCAAUUCGUAUUAGAUCAAGUCAUUCAUAACUAUCUUGGAAUGAAAACUAAUAUAAUCUCCUCCAUCGAAAGAGAACAGAGUAAACAUACAUUCACACCAAAAUAUUUAUGUUUCCAGCAUCCAAUAAUGUUAGUUCAGAGAUAGACCAAUGGAAAUAAAGUUAAACUGGACUUAACAUGAUGUUGCCGAGUGCUGAGUCCCACUAUGUCUGAAUGGGACUUGAAUCUUUGUGGCAGGAAGUCGUUCUGAUUAUUCUCAUUAUUGGUUACCAACGAGCUGGCCUGGGUCCAGGUCAGCCAUUAGUGUAUUCCUUAGGAUGAAGAGGCUCUCAAAUUGAUCUCAUUACCUGUAUUGCUAAUGAAUGUGAUUUACCACUUAGAGAUGGUCACUGAAUGAAAGUUCCGUCCACGUGUAUAUGUGGACAUUGUUCACAACAAGUAUUCAGUGUGGGUUUAUUACACUGAUAUUUCUCCCUAGAGAUUGAAUAUUUAUAUUAUACUGGAUAUAUAUUCCAAAAGUUCGGGAAAAUAUUCCACGAGUCGCAGAUGAGUCGAAUAUUGGCCCUAACGAGCGGAAUAUUUCUGGUAUUUCAUGAAAUAAAGCCAUCUAAUAUAAUCAUUAUCAUCUAUCCCACCCCCCCCCC